AUGACCACUGCAUUCACAACUUGCAGUACUGAGACACUGGCCUAUGAAGCUCUCAUUGAGUCAGCUGAUCAUGAAGGUUAUACUGGGGACAAUGACAUGGCUGAAUGCCUUCUUAGUGACUCAUGGGCUCAGUAUGCCAAGCCGCUCAUAGAUUAUACUACAUGCCACAUUCACCUCUGCUGCAAUCAGUUUAAGAAGGCGGUUGGUGUAGUUGUCACAAGUUCGGCCAAGAAAAACAAGUAUGAAACCUUGAAGCCAUUCCAGGCCGAAGUGAUCAAAGAGGGCGUUCAAGCCAGCUUCUUUGUUGCCAACCAAUACAAUGAUCUUGGCAUCAAAUUUUCUUACUUACUUUUGUCUUCGCUCUCCACAGCUCCCAAUGAGUUGGAGGUUGUCAACCACAUGAUAGCCAGUGUUGCUACCGCAGUUGAAGCUUGUAUCCUGGACUUUAACAUCGGAAAGAGCAGCAAAUUUGUUGGCCCGAGUCACAACAACACAUUCAAAGCACACAUACUCCUCCUCCUCACUAUGAAGCAGAAGAAGCCACUUGAGUAUCACAAGCUAACUCAUGGCAUCUAUCGUGCUGUCAUUGGCAUGCACAGUGUUGGGUCUGCCCAAUUUUUGAAAGAGCAAAUUAUUGCGCAGGUUGACUGGGAAAACAUGGGCAGUGAGUCUGAUUAG